AUGACUACAUCAAAAUUCAAGACAAUUUGUGUUUUGUGUGGUAUUAGCCCAGGAAAGAAAAAGAAAUACCAAGAUGCUGCCAUUAAUCUUGGCAAAGAACUAGUUUGCAGAAACAUUGAUUUGGUAUAUGGAGGAGGUAAUAUUGGAUUAAUGGGCUUGAUAUCGCAAGCUGUCUUGGAUGGUGGAAGCCAUGUGCUUGGAGUUAUUCACAAAGCACUAAUGGAUAAAGAGAUAUCUGGUGUCACUAUAGGAGAAAUAAAACCAGUUGAAAAUAUGCACCAGAGGAAAGCAGAGAUAAGCCUACAUGCUGAUGCCUUUGUUGCUAUACCUAGAGGUUAUGGGACUCUUGAGAAACUUUUUGAAGUAAUUAGCUGGCCACAAUUAGGGAUACAUGACAAGCCGAUCGGAUUGCUGAACAUUGAUGGCUACUGCAACUCAUUACUAUCCUUCAUUGAGCAAAUUGUAGAGGAAGGUUUUAUAAAACAAAAUGCACAUCAUAUCAUUACCUCUGCUUCAAAUGCAAAGGAGCUAAUUGAGAAACCAGAGGACUACUACCCAUGUCAUGAUGAAGUGUCAUCAAAACUAAAUUGGAACUCUGAACAACUCAAACGCUCCCAAAGAAGUGUUUCCUUCUCCAACAAUGCACAUGGUGUUGGCGAAGGGAAUUGGUACCGUCUUGACACUAUCCAUGGUGUUGGAAGGCUUACCUUCCUUGCCAAUGGUAUCAUGCUUGGUUUCCUUCUCCAACAAUGCACAUGGUGUUGGCAAAAGGAAUUAACACUGCCUUGA